AUGAAAAGAUAAAUAAGUAAAAAAGACUACACUAUAAAAUGUGAAAUUGUUUAAAAUACAAUCUCUAACUCUAGAAGUUUUAAGAUUUUACAUGUUUAAGAUGAUCUAUUAGAAUAAUCAAAAGGCUUAACAAGAAGAAAGAGUUGUUAUUCUUCAUUAUUUGGAUAUAUGAAUAAAUUCUAAAAUCGAUACCAUAAUAUUUUACCUGAUUUCAAAACCAAAUAUAGUACUUAAGAUAAGGAGACUAAGGAAACCUAUAGAAGACAAACGCAAAUAGCUGAAGAUACAGUCAUAAGGAAAUUUCGUAGAGGUCUUUAAGAAUUGUCAAAAUGUUAAACUGUAAUAUAAACACUAAAAAUGCUUAAAAAUAAGAAUAAAAACAUCUAAAAUUUUAUUAAAUAAAUGAGAAUUCCUAAUGAUAAAAUUGUAUUAGAAAAAACAAGAAGAAAUAGUUGCUUAUGUUCAGAAUGUGGUUCACAAAGUAAAUUUUAAUUAACUCAUUAAAAUGAUCCAUUUUUCAACUUUUUCAAUUAUAACGAAUUUUUGAAAAGAAAGAUUAUUAAAAUUAAUCCAAAAGUCAAUAAAUUAUUAACUUAAAUCUAAUCAGAAAAUUUGAAAAAAUGCUUUAUUAUUGAAAAUAAAUCAUAAAUCAAUAAAUAUAAAACAGUUUCGAGAACUACUAAUCUAUUAUUAAAGCUAUCUUAAACAAAACCUAUUAGUUAAAGUUAGAGAUAAUAUUCUAUCCAAUCAAAAAGAAUAAAAACUGAACUAACUCAAUAUUCUCCAAAAGUAUUUAAAUUUUAAUUAAACCAGAAUGCAUAAAUGAAAUCUAGAAAAAUUGCAAAUUAUUCAAAUUAUUAAUCAAUGAUUACAAAUAAUUAGACUAAAGAUAGCUUUAGAUCUUUAGCUUCUAUAUAUAAAUGA